AUGGCAUCAUGGUCGUACAUUACUCAAAUGUAUACACUUUAUGCGUUUAUUCCAUUCUGCUCUAUAGGUUUUUUUGGUAGUCUAAUGAAUACAAUUAUACUUUCAACUUCGCGUAUGUAUCGUACUCAGCCAUGCACAUUCUUUCUACUUAUAGCAGCAAUUGCACAAUCAGUGCAAUACUUGACUGCAGGAAUAUCUCGUAUUUCUGCUAUUGGUUUUCAUACAGAUUUAACUCUUCUCUCACCUGUAUGGUGCAAAAUGAGGCAAUAUCUUAUUGAUACUUGUUAUGGUGUGGCAUUUACAUGCGAAUGUUUAGCAACGAUUGAUCGUUUUUUGUUAACUUCACGAGCUGCUAAUCUACGACAAUUGAGCAAGAUCAAAUGGGCUUAUUGUGUUAGUGCUGGUGUAGUUGCUUUCUGGACACUUACAUGUGCACCAGAUCUCAUUUUCGUUUAUAUAAGUUCGAACGUUUGUGGCAAUUACAAUAAUAUUUGGGGAACUUACUAUUCUUAUGUUAAUUAUUGGCUUUUCUAUACAAUAGCUCCGUUGGUUAUUGUUAUUGUAUUCGGUACACUUGCAUAUCGAAAUAUGCGCACUGUAGCAAAUACACGUCGACUACAAGGAGCUGAUCGUCAACUUACUUAUAUGAUUUUUGGACAAAUAAUAUUAAUUAUUAUUUCUGUUUUACCCGGUGCUAUUUUUCAUGCAUAUUCAUCAGCAUCAAUUUCUGUGAGCAAAACGGCGGAACAAGCAAAUAUUGAAUAUUUCAUUUUUAAUGUUCUCAAUUCUUUGGGUAAUAUUACAUACGGAGUAAGUAAGACAUUCCUUAUUUUAUCAUUUUGUUAA